UAUUCUCUUUAUAAUAAUAGUAGUAUGAGUCCACUUCUGUCUACAAAAUAAUUACCAAUCUCCUAAAAAAAGCAUUAUUUAAGUUGAAUUGGUGCAAAAUAGCUUUUAGGGUUUUCACUUUGAGUUCCUCUUUAAUUAGAAUCAUCAAGGAAACAUGAAUCAUUUUGAAAAUGAUGAUAUUCCGAUUUUGUCAGAAACACAUCCACAACGAUCCGAUUAUUCUAGUUUCCAAAGGAGCACAUCGAGGACACAAAGCACUUCAAUUUAUAUUCAUAUGGAUUCCCUUGAUCCAUAUGAAAAACAGUCGAAUCAUGUCACAAAUAAAAAUGAACACUUGUUGGGGUCUUCAACUAUAUUUGAUUCCAAGUUCCGAAAUUCUCUGUAUGGAGACGCCAAAGGUUUUGGAAGAAAACUUUUUUCUUCCUGCUCUUCAUGUAUUCCUAAAGUUAUGAACCCCGACUGUAAAGUUGUACACUUAUGGAACAAGUUUUUGGCCAUAAUUUGCUUUGUUGCAAUUUUUGUGGAUCCCUUAUUUUUAUUCUCAUUCUAUGUGAACAAGGAUGAUAAAUGUCUUGUUACCAAUUGGAAAACGGCAAUAAAACUUCUUAUUUAUAAAAGCCUAAUUGAUUUCCUGUAUCUCUUGAACAUUCUUAUCCAAUUUAGGGUGGCUUAUAUUUCUCCUAGGUCCAGGGGGGUUGGUGCUGGAGAUUUAAUUGACCAUCCCAAAAUGAUUGCUCUUAACUACCUCAAGAAUGACUUUCUCAUUGACUUCUUUAUUGCAUUACCUCUUCCUCAGGUACAUUUCUUCCUAUCGCUCCACGUUGUUGUUAAAACCCAAAUGUUUUCAAAAGCCUAA